UGGAAAGCAGUUGUAAGRCAGGUACCCUCAGUUCAUUCUCGGUAAGGGGAAGUAGCCGGGUGCGAGAGCGAGUGGAUUUCUUUUUGCCUGAUUUCUUUUUUUGUUUCUUUCGGACCGUCAUUCAGUGCCUGGAUGGCGUGGGACAGGUGUAACCAGGACUCGGUCUGGAGAGAAUUAGAGUGUGCUGCCUUGGUUGGCGAAGACCAACCCCUCUGUCCGGACCUCCCCGAACUCGACCUCUCAGAGCUUGAUGUCAGUGACUUGGAUGCGGACAGCUUCCUGGGCGGGCUCAAGUGGUACAGUGACCAAUCAGAGAUCAUUUCCAGUCAAUAUGGCAACGAGGCUUCCAACCUCUUUGAGAAGAUAGAUGAGGAAAAUGAGGCCAACUUGCUGGCAGUGCUUACAGAAACGCUGGACAGCAUCCCAGUGGACGAGGACGGAUUGCCUUCGUUCGAGGCCCUGGCAGAUGGGGACGUGACCAAUGCCAGCGACCAGAGCUGUCCCUGCACCCCCGACGGUUCGCCGCGCACCCCCGAACCAGAGGAGCCCUCCUUGCUGAAGAAGCUCCUUCUGGCACCCGCAAACUCCCAGCUCAGCUAUAAUCAAUACAUAGGCGACAAGGCACAAAACCAUGCAGCCAGCAACCACCGGAUCAGACCAACACCUGCUGUUGUCAAGACGGAGAUCUCCUGGAACAGCAAGCCGAGGGGGGGCUGUCCGCAGCAGAGCCGUCUAGUGAGGCGCCCGUGCACCGAGCUGCUCAAGUACCUGACUGCCACUGACGACAUCCUCCUCCAGACCAAAGCCAGCGACGCCAAGAGCGCCUGGGGGGGUGGCGGCAAAGACAAGGGCGGCCUGCUGGGCGCCUCCUCCUCCACCUCCUCGUCGCCGUCCUCCUCCUCCACCUCCUCCUUCUCCUCCCUCUCCUCCUCCUCCUCUAUCGCCUCCAAGAAGAAGUCAUCCUCGUCGUCCGUCGUGUCGCAACAGCAGCAGCAGCAGCAUCACCAGCGAGGUGAGAGCCGGGCUGCUGGCGAGUGUAGUGUGGCUGGUGUGGGGGCUGGGAAGUGGCGUCGUUGCGCUCAUGGGGCUGGUGGCACUGAGGGACAGUCCGAACCCGCGGCGGCACCCGCUCCCGUCCCCCCAACACGUAGGAACGGCAGUGGCCAUGCCCGCCCCAAACUGGAGCGCAGGCCAUCCAGUGAAGAAGGAAGGCCGCCAGGUCCGCAGCCUGCGGUGGACGCGGGGCGCCUGGCAGCCGCUAGGUUCAUUAGGUACAUGCAUUCUUAUUCUCUCCUUCCUAGAGAGACGGGUCAGACAGGCAGCUGUGGGCGUUGCCCUGAGGUGGGCACUGCCACUCAGGCUAGCGAGUGCUGGGGCGGGCAUGGCCGUGGUGCGGCAGCGCGUAGGCACAUCACAGUGACCAUAAAGAAAAGAGAGGAGGAGCCGGGGCAUCCGUUGCUUAGCCAGUUGCUGACCUCCAAGCAGAGGCCCGCAAGCUAUCGGGCUCACUUGCUCCUGCCCGCUACUACCCCUCAGCCCCGCAAGAGCAGUUCAUCAAGAAUGAGCUCUGGAGUCCUGGAGAGGGAUCAGUGUCCCAGCCAGGCUAUUGAGGUGGAGGAGAAGUACAGAGGGACUGUCAAUAUCAAUCCCGGCAGCUGGGGUCUCAGACAGGCCAAGGAGCCUGAUUUGGACCCCCUGUUGGCCGAGAGCUUAGGCCUAGGCAGCUGGGUUAGCCAGUCAGACCAGGGGCUAGAUUUGGGGCUGGAGCUGGGCUUGGGUUGGCCGGAGGUUGGCCUGGUGGAGCAGGCUGGCUGUUUUGGGGAGGAGGUCCGCGAUGAUGAUGCCAUGGGCAGCCCCAUGGCGCUCUCACAGGGCCUGCCAAGCCCACUCUUCCCAGAUUCUAGAAUUCCAGACCCCACUCCCUCCGUCACACAGCAGCACCUACACAUGCAGGCAGUCUGCAGGCACCCCGAUGACCAGGGCCUCCUGUUGUUAGCCAAACCAACCACCUUGCCACUUCCUUUGACCCCAGAGUCUCCAAAUGACCACAAGGGAUCACCGUUUGAGAGCAAAACCAUUGAACGCACAUUGAGUGUGGAGAUCUCUGGAACCCCAGGUCUGACACCACCUACCACGCCCCCCCACAAAGCCAGUCAAGAGAACCCUUUCAAAGCAUCACUCAAAACCAAGUUGUCUUCAUGCUCCUCRUCUGCCCUGGCGUGCAAGAGGGUUCGGCUGAGCGAGGCGGGCCCCUGCGGCCCCCCGGCCCUAACCCCGACCCUAGAUGGAGGUCCCUCCAGGAAGGGCCCCGAGCAGACUGAACUGUAUGCCCAGCUGAGCAAAGCGUCCACUGCCCUCCCCAACUCGGUGGUCACCGCAACGACAGGGGGUUGCCAGGAGGAGCACCGCGGCGGCAACGGCAAGCGGGGUGCCCAGCCCCGCGGCUUCAGCGACCACGACUAUUGUCAGUCGACGGCGGCCAGCACAAAACGGGACGCUGACGCUAAUGCGGCUAACGCAGCUUAUGCUACUGUUACCAUGACGACUACUACGACAACCCCUCUGAUGCCCAAUCCGGUCAUGGCGGAGGACAGGCAUGUGAAAUGUAAGGACUCAGCCAUGCCACCCUCCUCCUUUUCUUCCUCCUCCUCUUCUACAUCUUCUCCUACAUCUUCAUCCUCUUUGGCCAAGCAGCUGCAGCAGAGCUCUUACCCUGUGGCUACGGAGGCUCGGGGGCAGGACGCUCGGGGACAGGACCGGACCCCCACCACCCAGACAAGAGCACCCCCACCACAGACACCAGAUGGGGACCAGCAUUCCACCAGCAGGAAGCAGCCCCUGCGAGACCAGGAGAUCCGGGCGGAGCUCAACAAGCACUUUGGCCGCCCCCAGCAAGCCAUUUACAGCCAGGGUGAGAAGGGGGGGGAGUUGGUGGUGGAGGAGGGGGGGCAGGGAGGAGGGGAGAAGGUUGUCGCCCCGCAGGCGUCCGAGGAGAACCCUGCUGGGGAUGAGUACUACUGCAAGCUCCCUGGUUCUGGUUCUACUGGGUACCUGCACCCGGGUCUCCCGCCCUUCCACGAGGAACUUGAGCUCCAGGACCGUGGCGUGGAGGGGCGCUUCCUCUACCCCUGGGAGGGCACCCCCCUGGAACUGCUUUUCGAGUCCUGCUCGCCGUCCUGCUCGCCGUCCAGCUGCUCCCCCUCACGGGGCUCCGUCUCACCCCUCUCCUCCCUCCUCCUCUCCCCCAGACACUUUGUCUGGCCCCGUUCGGGCUCCCCCUCCUCCCGUUCUCGCUCCCGGUCCCUCAGUUCCUCCUCUCACCACCGGAGGCGCUCCCUCUCCAGCUCACCCGACGGACGCCCCUCCUCCAGGUCUCGUCACAACAUGGACUCCAGCACUUACCGAUCCAGGACCCACAAAAGCCCUCGCUCGCAGUCUCGAUCUCAGUCCAGAUCCCCCCUCAGCCGCAGGCCAAGGUACGACAGCUAYGAGGAAUACCARCACGAGYGUCUGAAGCGGGAGGAGUACCGCCAGGACUACCAGAAGAGGGAGUCCCAGAGGGCCGAGCAGAGAGAGAGACAAAGUGAAAAAGCAAUACAGGAGGAGAGACGGGUGGUGUACGUGGGGAGACUGAGGUCCGACAGCACGCGAACCGAGCUAAAGCGGCGUUUUGAAGUCUUCGGCGAGAUCGAAGAGUGUGCCGUGAACCUGAGAGAUGACGGGGACAAUUUUGGUUUCAUCACCUACCGCUACACUUGUGACGCCUUCGCUGCCCUUGAAAACGGACACACCUUGCGCCGGUCAAACGAGCCCCAGUUCGAGCUGUGCUUCGGUGGACAAAAGCAGUUCUGCAAAUCGAAUUAUACAGACUUGGAUUCCCAUUCUGACGACUUUGAUCCAGCCUCCACUAAAAGCAAGUAUGACUCCAUGGAUUUUGACAGCUUGCUGAGAGAGGCCCAGCGCAGCUUGAGAAGGUAACAAGUGCUUUAGCAGCCGCUGUCUACCAAGAGGGAUGUCUUGAUACCUCACUAAUGUUUCUGUCCUUUGACUACGAGAAGUUUUACACUCUAUGUAAGAGAGUAUAUAAAGAGGAAUCUAUAUAUAUAUAUAGACCAAUAUAUAUAUAUAUAU